UGGUAUAGUAUAGUAUAAGAUAUAAUGCAUGUGAGUACGCAAUGCAUUCGAGCGUAGCGCGUAGCGUCAAGCAUAGUGGUCACUGUAGAUGAUAGUGGAGUGAUUUAUUGUGUAAUAUACGAAUUUGUAGAAUAAUAAUAAAUUGCGGAAAGUUCGAAAUACGGAUACGAAUCCGUUCGAUAACGGUGAAUGCUCAAUGAUAUACACGUUGACGCUCGCAAAUGCUUACGCUUGUAUGAACGUUAACGAAAGAUAAAUGAGUUUGCAAGAUAGUUUGUUUUCCGAAGAUGUCGAAUACGACGUAACCGCUUUUGCAAGGAAUAAAACACGCAAGAGAGCGCUCGUUUUUCCGCCCGUCAACAAUUAUCGUCGGUACGUAAUACAUCAGCUGAUACAAGAUCGUUUCCCAGACUUGCUGCAUACGUUCUCGAUCGGUCAAGGUUCGGCUAGGCGUACCGUCGUAUGCUACAAGAGCGAUGUGAAAAGAGAUUGGAAUCCAAAAUCGAAUAUUUCCGAGUGUAAAGUAAGUUUUCCGACAAAACAAAAAGAUACGAGCGGCGAAAUGGGUAUCGAAGGCCGACGAUCGCUUUCAACGUCUCCCGAAUGCAAAUUGCAGCGACAAGGUAAUUGUAACUCCAAGUUGGUACCAACAGUUGAGAUUUAUAGACCACCGGCAGCUAGAAGAUCCAAUACAUGCUCGCAGACAAGUAGUGUACAAACACCGAUACAGUUGACUACUACAGAUUCUUCCUUGGUCAAAAAUGUACGUCAAAAACGACCCGACCGAGCAGUUUAUGUACCUAGGCAUCGAAGAAGUUUAGAAACUGAAGAUAAGAGGUCACAAAGUUCAAAAGGUUUUCAUACGAUAUUAAAUGGAGGUUCCAAUACAGAUAAUAAUUCUAAACUGCAAGAUAUAUGUAUGAAUCAACAAGAUAUGAAUGCCAUGGCUUCAAAUAAUCAAAUUUCCCAAAAUAAUAACACGAAAAUGGAGGAUGAAGAUUUACCGCCAGAAAUUUCAGAAAAUAUUUCUUUAGAGUCGAAAAUAAUUUCCGACACUCUUCGUAAUACUGAACACGUAUACAAGUUAUCGGAAGAAUUGAAAACAGAUGUGUUGAGUGUAUUCGAAGAGAAAAAUAUCACUAAUAAUCUUAACGAAGAUAGCAUUAGUUUCAAUAUAUCAAAAUCAUCCAGUCAAGUUGAAAUAAAUGACAAACAAUUACAAAUGAUACAAGAAACUGUGAAAGAAAACCAGUCCUUGAUAGAGUAUUCAAAUUGUAAUGAUAUAAUCGCUCACGAAGAUAGACAAUUAGUUGAACAAAAUGUAGUGUCGGAUAUUUUAAUAAUUUCCGAUAAUAUCCAAAAGAAAUCCCAAGAAUCUGAACAACUCUCUCCAAUGUUCGUAACACCACCUGAGAAAAAAGUGAAAAAAAUAGAAAGGCAGAAAAGUAAACCGGCUCCACCACCGUCUCCACCUCUGAAAAUAAAUAGAGAUGAAUGUGAUUGGGAUAGCUUAUUUGAUGAUAAUGGCGAUUGUUUAGAUCCAACAUUAAUAGAAGAGCUUACGUCAGCAGUAGGUGAAGUAGUAAUAGAACAACCAAAGAAUGAUUACAAGACAUAUAGCAAGCAAAUUGAAGUAUCUAGUGACGAAUUUGCGCAUGUGGUAGAAAUUUACAAUUUCCCUUCCGAAUUUAAAACUAGCGAUUUGGCAGCUGUCUUCAGUUCUUUUAAGAAUGGUGGUUUUGAACUCAAAUGGGUAGAUGAUACCCAUUGUUUGGGAGUUUUCAGCAGCCCUCUCGUUGCUGCCGAAGUGUUAGCAUCGAAUCAUCCGUUUGUGAAAACGAGACCACUUAGCGAAGCUACUGCUUUAAGUAAAACAAAAGCUAGAAGAAGCGCAGAAUUUUUGCAACCUUAUAGAAAUCGUCCGGAAACAUGUGCCGCCUUAGCUAGAAGAUUAGUUACAGGUGCAUUGGGCGUGAAGCUUGCUACAGCUAGACAAGAACGUGAACACGAAAAGAAUAUUUUACGUGAAGCAAAAGAAAAAAAACGAUUAGCUAACAAACAACGAGAGGAUGUAUGGGAAGGCAUAAUACCUACAAAGUAGCAUUAUAUAUCGUUGCUAAAACGAGAGAGAAAGAGAGAGAGAGAGAGAGAGAAAUAUUUAUAAGAAUUUGUACCUCGUUGUAUAUUAUACGCACUCACAUUAUUGUGGCUGCGUAGUUGAUGCAACCCACCAUGAUUCACGUAAAUGUUACUCUCGCAUUAGCGCACAUGCGUAUAUUUGUGCCUUAUUCUCAUCUAUUCUUUAUAUUGACAAAUAGAAAAUUAACAUACUUUUUU